AUGGCUGCACCACAGCGCACAAGUCUACCUAGCGUGGUUGCACCACAACACACAAGUCUGCCUAGCGUGGCUGCACCACAGCGCACAAGUCUGCCUAGCAUGACUGCACCACAGUGCACAAGUCUUCCUAGCGUGGCUACACCAGAGCACACAACGAUGCCAAACAUAACUACACCACAGCGCAUAGGGCUGCACAAUGUGGCUGCACCACAGUGCACAAGUCUACCUAGCGUGGCUGCACCACAACGCACAAGUCUGCCUAGCAUGGCUGCACCACAACGCACAACGAUGCCCAACAUAGCUGCACCACAACGCAUAGGGCUGCACAACAUGGCUGCACCAGAACGCACAAGUCUGCCUAGCGUGGCUGCACCACAGCGCACAACGAUGCCCAACAUAGUUACACCACAGCGCAUAGGGCUCCACAACGUGGCUGCACCACAGCGCACAACGAUGCCUAACAUAGCUGCACCACCUGCGCAUAGGGCUGCACAACGUGGCUGCACCACAGCGCACAAGUCUGCCUAG